GUCAUUACGCUUCCUUUAAUACGUGUUAUCGAGUUAUCAGCCUUUUGUUACGUGAGAUGGGGAAAUCUCGUAGACGCCGACGCAAAAACAUUAAUGGCGUCUCAGUGAGAAGACGAACCAAGAAAAUGCCAGCCGCAACGACCGAAAACCCUAAACCCAAUCCGGACCAAAUGUGGAACGUCCUAAAAACGCACAUUUUACGUGAACGUGCGCGUAAAAAGCAAGAACGUGAAGCUGAAGUCGAGGAGGAACGGUUGAGGAAAGAACGUGAGGCUAGAGAACAGCAGGAUGUGAUGACUUUGGGUGAGACACGAGAACAAAUCCAACAACUGGAAACGAAGCUGACGCAGCUCAAGGAGGAGAAGCACCAAUUGUUUUUGCAGCUCAAAAAGGUGCUGAACGAAGACGAUAAUCGCCGGAGGCAACUUGUUAAGGAGAACGACAUGCAUCUGUCAGCCCUACAGACUAUGCCGGGUGCGUUCGUGCCGCAGACAGUUUACAUAUCACCGGCUCCAAGAGGUCAACAAGUAGCCGGCCAACAAUACAAGACGACUGUGAAGCGGCCGCGGAGCCCGAGCCCUCAGCCCGCUGUGCCCGUAUCGAUGUACCAUCAGGGAUACGCGUACAAGCCUGCGCAGCAGCAGCAGAUGGGGUAUCAGACUUCGCCGCAAAAAGACGACACACGUCGAACCAGCGAACUCUCUCGCGCCGUCCUGUGGAACAAACCCUCGCAGUACGCAUCGCAGACUUCUGCCUUCUAUCCUGUACCCCCGCCACCGAACCCCCAAGAACUACCCGUCUAUUUUCCAAUACCAACUCAGUCGCAGCGCGCCUACGACUCCCGUCCCCAAACGGUCUACGUGGAAUCCAAACACGACUACCAUUCGAGGGCGGGCCACCAGAAAGCUUUGGGAUACGUUAGGCAGUUUCAGGGGCAGCAGGUUUAUCAAGGGCGAGUGUACCAGGGAGGUAUGGGGGGUUAUUUACCCAGGGAAUAAUUUACGUCGGUUUCAUGUAUGGAUACGUUAAAAAAUGAUGAAUUGAUUCAUCUAUAAUGAUUUUCAGAUUUCUGUUAUUAACACAGAAUAUAUUGUGUUAUUAUGGUUAAACAUUUUUUGAUAAAAUCUUUACUAUGAUAUGGAUGAAGAUGAGACCUACAAAAAUUUAUGGUAUGGUCAAUAAAUUACGAAAAUUGGUAUUCCGAACUGGCGACGUCUACAAAACAUUAGCCGGAUCAUAAAACUUUAUAAUUACUGAUAUCUGUGAAAUUAUAGAUAGUAUUUCAAGUAAUUGUUGUAUUUCUACUGAUACAAACAUCUUUUU